UAUAUAUAUAUAUGUAUCUAAAUCCUACUUAAGGAGAAGCUUUAGGGUUAAUAAUCAACGGAAGGGCGAACUCGACCCAAAGGGGAAUAUUUGGAUUCGCCCUUACGUUUUAAAGCUAAAAUUCUCAAUGACGGGGGUUCAACACAAUGCUUAAAAUCUAUUCCAGCAGAGGGCAGUAUUCCUUUUUACUUCCUACGAACUUUGGGCCAAAUCUACCCAGCAGUACUCUGACAUUACAAUCAUGCACAAAACUGUGUGUAUAUACCGUUUGGAGGAAAACUGGUUGCUAAGGCGAAUUGAUGUAUAUGCUGACAAUCUUUGUAAAAUGGGGUAUAUAUCAACAUUAUCUGUCAAUGAAAAUGUAACUCAAUCCACCACCUACGUUAUCCCAAAACUACACCACAAUAUAUAAACUGUACAAAACAUGAAUGCUUUUAAUCCUAAUAGUGCCCCUCCUUUUUCGAAAAUCUCUAUAUAUUUUACUUUUAUAUCUUCUACGAAGAUUUCGCUGUUACAAUGAUAAGCGUUUGCAACGUGAACAUGUAGUGUGCACGAGAACAGCGAAAAGCACAAAUUACCGCACGCGCAGGCCUCGGCAGCGCCUAGCACGGCCUAGCAUAUGAUAUGGGCGCUGCACUAGGCGGCCGGCCUGGCCCGGCUGCCCCGGCGCGGCGCGGCCGGUGCAGGUGAUGAGGUCGAGGAGCUGCGUCGCGCCUAAAACCAGUGCAGCCGACCGAAUACGACGCCUUCCGCCCGUGAGUGGAAAGUUUCUUGAAAGUUUCCUGAAACUGUAAAUAGUACGACAGAUGGUGGACUGUACUCACUAAGAAGAAGAAGAAGAACUUUAAGUUUUGGAUAUAUUUCUAGCAACUUAACGGUCGUGGUGUAGUUGCUACAAGGGAUAUUACAAGAGGUGAAUUUAUAGCUGAAUAUGAAGGGCAUCUGAUUACAGAAGAAGAACUUGAAAGAAGGGAAGAACAAAUAGAAAGUGUCUUCAGAUAUGAAUUCACCUGGAAAGGAAAGAAACUAUGCCGGAUCAUCUGUUGGUGUACCAACCCUUGGACCUCUUUCUCCUAGAGUCCCACAGAGUCCCACUAAGGAACGCCUUGAUCCUCAAAAUUCAUCACGAUGUAAUGAUGGAGCUGGAUCAUCUGGUGGUGUAUCAGCCCCUGGACCUCUUUGUCCUCCUAGGAAAAAUCCUACCCUGGUACCCCUCAAUCAUCAGGAAGAUUCAUCAAGAGAACGGAGGUACACGAGACGGGAGUCCGGGGAAACGGCUCAACUAAAAGAGUUCUUCAAAGAAUACUUCACAUCAACUCAAACAAAACUUCCAUCAAGAGCAGAAAUUAGAAAUUCAAAAUGAGAUUUCCAGCCUUCAGACAUGAUGUAAGGACCAUAGCAACCAAGGUCAUGAACCAGGUGCGGAAGACCGAACGACUGACAGAGGAAAGAGUCAAACGACUUGGGAUAAGAUAAUGAGGUGAUGGGCUAACAGGUUAAUCGGGACAUUUCUGGUAACAGUAACACGCAUCUUUUAGGAUAGAUUCAGGAUUGUGCUUAGAAUAAAAUAAACUUACAGUCUUCAUAAAUCCCUUUUGAGUGUUUUCAACAAUCCAAUUAGUGAAGUCUUUCUAUAUGAGCUCACCUGAGCCGAAGGCUUAUAACUGCACAGAUGCUCGUCCCUGCAAAAACUGUCGCCUCAUGGGCAACAGAGCAUGCGGAUAGUGAUUAAUCACCUAAAUAUUAGCUGUGGGGUCAUGCUUGUUAUCAAUUAUUUUAUGGUACUUUGAUGAAUUGUGUUAGGGUCCCUUACAAUCAAGUGGGUGGAGCAUUGGAGGAGUACACUCUCAUGAUCGAGCUAUGAGGAUUUUAAAUAAAAUAAUGCAUGCAAACAUAUUUUUGAAAUGUGAUUCAGGCAAUUGCAGGGGCAGAGGUAGUUGAUGUCAGAUUUGCUGGCAGGAUUAAGAGUACAUAGGGCCCACAGGGCAACAGUUUGUUCAGGGGUGACCAUUUGGUAGGCAAGUAAGAGGAUCUCUCAAUCAAAUUUAUUGAUAAAAUACUACUAGAGGCAUAGGAUUGAAAGUUGCUCAAUUGAAGCAUGUGGUAAUUACUAAUUUGCAAUUACAUAUGACAAUUGCAUGACAUCAGGUGAGCACCAGGCCCCCUGGGGCUCUUAUCAUUUAUCCCUAACUGCCCUCCUCCAUAGUUUUGGCGAUUGCAUCGCGACCGCUACCAAUUUCAGAUUCUCGCUUUAUGACUUUUUCCCUUGCAGUCUUGUCUUGCACACAUUUUGCGGGGACUGAUUUUUAAAAGUUACAGGGGAGCUAUAAAUAGCUCUCCUAGAGGCUCUCAAGGAGAAUUUUUAGGGGAGCUAAAUUUGUUCUUCACGUAGAAAGAUUGGGGUUACAAGGGGCUCUGUAAAUCACUCCCCAAAAAGCAUUUAAGGGGAGCUUGGGAGAGCAAUCGCUCUCACUCCCCUUAAAUCUUACUCCCUGAUUUUGAUACCACAUUUGUCCUUAUCAGACCUACCUAAGGGGUAUUAUGGGCCAAUUAGCAGACAUGCCAACAAAAAACGUAUUCCGUACUUUUCUAUCCUCUUUCGCUUCUUUAGGGGGUACUAAGAUCUAUAGAUGUCUAUGAAUGCAUAGCACCAUCAUGCCAUACUGCAUUGCACCUGUCUUCAUAGAAAACAUUUAAUUGUCCAAUGAAUUGUCUAUGUCCCUCAUUUACCAGAACGAAUGCUUUUGGUGCAGGAAUGAAACACUUGUGAAAAUGUAUAUAUGUAUGUUUUCUAUUGAAAAUAAUUGAAUAAUAAAAGGUUUUCAGGUCGACAGGUGGAAUGAGAUUGAUAUUUUUAUGAUCUGAAUAAUUAUUGACAUCUAAUGAGUUUGGUACACCUUAUCCAAAUGUAAAAGACAAGAAUGCGCUUUUAGGUUGGCAGUACUGAAUUAGUAUGCGCAUGUCAUUAAAAAGGCUAUAGCUGCAUAUAUUUGUGUACAUUUACAUACAUUAAUACUUUAUGCAAAUCUGCUGUACUCAUAAAAAUAGAUAAGAAUUGAUUUAUUUCACAUUUGGGAAACAUUAAUCUUCAUUAUUACACAGUUUUCAUGUAAUUUUGUACUUGUUUAGGCUGAAAUUAUGAAAAUAUACCCCAAAUGCAUAAAAUACGCAUUAUGAAUAAUUAAUUUCCUAAUUAUGCACAAAAAAAUGCACAAUUGAUUUUUAAAAAUUACACCACGAGAUUCAGCAUCCAGCAUUCAGAUAAAAUUUAGCCUCUCAGCCUCACUCCAACUAGAGCAUUUUACCCACUGUACAAUAUAUAAAUACAAAUAUAUGUUGUGCUAGUAAUGUCAUGCCUAGCUGAUUCUAGUUCAAACUCGGAGAUGUAAUCAUUAGUCUAGUAAGAUAGAUGAUUGUUUGUUUGUGAAGGCAGCUUUAAUUGCAAAUAAUUGGAAUUAUUUCAUUGUUGAUUCACCUAACUCUCAGCAGCCUUAUUAAAAAGGCUGUAUAAAAUUAAAUCUGACUUAUUGCCUACCUGAGCAAAUGCCUUCUAAAGCCUCCCCUAAUGUUUUGGGGGUUUACUUCUUUUUUUUAAUGAUGUUGGUGCUGGGGACAAAGCAGGUAUACUUGGCAGACAAUCAGUGUAUAUAUGCAUAAACAUAUACAUGAUAGCACAGGUACGUCAUUUUUGUAAGUGUAAGCAUGGCUGGAGUAUGUUUUUUUUUAUUCAAUUCAGUUGACUUCUGCUCAGGAGAUCAAGUGUAAUGUGAAAUGUACUGGAAUGGAUAUCAUUUAUUUGAUAAGUGCUUGUCUUAUGUUUCACUUGCUCUAGAUGUGUAACAGCUCCAUUGUAGUUCAUGUAUUUGUGGAAUUGGACACGAGAAGAAGAAAUUCAUGACAUAUCCUUCCCUUGUCAGCACCACCCCCUUCUCUUUCUCUCGCUGUACUAGUUUAUCGAAAAAUUCACCUAAAAAACUGAGAAACAAAGUUUACCUGCAUAAUAUCGAUUGCUGUGUUUAUUUUUUAUACAAAACAGGACAAAUAUCAAAAUUCAUGACGAACGUUGAAGAAUUUUGCUGGAUGUUAUUACAUGCAUUGCUCCUUUUCAUAGUAUUGUAUACCCAUUGCAUAAUAUACGUUUGUGUGUUUAUUAUUCAAGUAUGAAGUAGGAAACUUAUUAACAAUUCAUAACAAAGGUUCAACAAGUUUUUCCAUUGCCAUGAUAUGCAGUGUGUUACAUAAAUUAACCAUUUGUCUUGGUUUAAGAUAUACAUUUGGUAUAAAUAUAACAAUUAUUAAUUAAUUAUUAAUUUUUAUUUUAUUAUUAAUUAUUAAUACAAAAAAAUUUGCUCAUAAUUAUAGAUAAAUGAAGCGCUCCUUAUCGUUCAUAGCAUCAAUACAAUGCUUCCCCUUAUGUCACAUAUGGCACUGCAUGUCUAGAAAUUAUGAGAAAUUGAAAGGAAAUUUUUCAAGAACUGAGAUUUGUAGUAUCUGUAGUAAUCUGUAUGUAUUUAGUACUGUGAGUUGGAUAUGUACAAGAGGUCGUAGUUCAUGAAAUGUGACAUUUCAAUUGUUCCUUUGCAUGUUUGGUGUUUAUAAGUACUUUGUGGAUAACCCAGGUUUGGUGCAGUUCAUGCUUCAACUUCAUUGUGAAUUGUCUUUUUACAUUGUGUAUGAAUGGAUGUUUUCACAUUGUGAUAGAUUACUUGUUUCAUUAAAAUUCAAUUAAUCAGA